CAGCAGGAAGUGUUCCGCUGUGGGCGGGUCCCUGAACGCAGCACUUGAUGCUCCGCUGUGAUCAUCUGCAGGGAAACCAGGAGCAGAAGAUCAGGCUGCAGUCAUGCUGAAGUCCCGGCCUGUUUGGACUCUGCUGCUGCUGCUGCUGCUGCCGCUGCAAGUCGUGUCUCAGGGGGACUUUGACCUGACGGAUGCUCUGGAUGACGGGAACAAACCAGCUCCGACAUCGAGGCCCGGAAAAGAGCAGCACCGUGAGAUGGAAGCCAACGAAAAGAAACUGGGUGAACUGGUGAUGGUGAACUGUUAUGAUGAACUGAUGAUGGUGAACAAUGAUGGUAAACUGGUGACGGUAAACAAUGACGGUGAACUGGUGAUGGUGAACUGUGAACUGGUGACAGUGAAAUGUGACGGUGAACUGGUGAGGGUGAACUGGUGUUUAGGUUGUGCUGUUCUCUGGUUUUCUGCAGGGAUUUCUCUGGAGGAUUUGUUGAACGUCGGCUCCACAUCGAGAACCACCACCAAAGCUCCCGCUAAGGUCCGGCCUAAGAAGCCUCAGUCCAGUCCAGGCGGAAACGACUUUAAUCUGGCUGAUGCUUUGGAUGAAAACCAGAAACCAGGAGGUGGUUUUUCCGACACUGACCUGGAGGAUGUGAGCAAAGAUAAAGGCUACAAACCGGACAAAGGGAAAGGUUACGGCCAGAAAGACGACAGCAGCCAGAGCUACGAUGGAAACAGCGAGAUGACGGCGGAGGUGGGCACCAUCGCAGGGAUCAUCAGCGCCGUCAGCGUGGCUCUGGUUGGAGCCAUCAGCAGCUACAUCUCCUACCAGAAGAAGAAGUUGUGCUUCAGCCUCCAGCAGAGUCUGGACCUGGACCUGAACAAGGCGGAGAUCCCUGGACAGGUGGCAGCAGAACCUCACGCUCAGCAGUCGCUGUUGGACCAACCGAAGGCUGAAGCCUCCAGUGACCAGAAUGUAGUCUAAGACCCAGACAGCGACCAUAAAGGACGACUCACCCCAAAAUCAGCCUUCUCUUUGUCUUUCGAGUCUAAAACCGUCUCCCUGGCGCCCUCCUCAGGUUUAACCAGAGGCCUGCAUCUGAUUCUGAGCCAGUAAUGAUGCUAGCUCUGCUGUUAUUGUGACAUCACCCAGAAUAAGUGAUGUAACCGUCUAAUCUGGAUAAAACCAUCAUCUAAAAACUGUUCCUGCUCAGUGGACGGGCGUCUCAGCUGGUCCGCCGCUUCCAUUAGGAGCGUUUUUUCAAAUAUUAGCUGUAGGUGGAGUUAAAGCUGCAGAAUGGGGUGAGUUGCCCUUUAAACGCUAACUUCAUCCUUUGAUUCAACACGGUUUAGUUAGAUCAUAAAUAAAUAGAUCUCUACUUAGAACCAAGUUGUUGGUCUUAAGUAGAGAUAAUGAUUGAUUCUGAUGAACAGUAAAAUAAUCAGUUGAAAUUAAAACACUUUAGAAAAGUAGUUUAUUUACGUUCACUUAAUAAUAACGAGCAUUUCUGCCUCGUUUACCUGAAUUAUUCACCGAAUGUUAGAAAUGUGAAAGUAGAACCACUGGAAAUAAUUCACUAUCAGUCAGAAAUAUUCCUGCAUGUUUUACUGAGCAUGUGAGCAGAAGCUAAACCAGGAAGUAGCCUCGUGCUAACAGCGGAGUAGUUGCUAUGGUUACCAACAACUGACAUCAGUAAAAAUAAAACACAUAUAGCAAUAAAGGUAACAUUAUGACAAAAUAACAUGAAAUGGAAAAAUAACCCCCCCCCCCAUGCAAUGAAAUGUUUCCAUACAUCUGUCAACAACAUCUUGAUUUGCAGUUCUAUAGAAAUUAAGAAUAUGAAAUUUGAUAUGUUAAAAGACAGAAAUGUUAUCUUUGACGCGACAUGUAUGAAAAUCUGCAGAAGAACUGAUGUAAAAAUAAAAUGUUGCCAAACUGACAUUUAUUAAACAUACUUCUGGAAUUAUUUUAAUUUAUGGGAUUUAUUAUAAAACAAAGGCUCAUGUUUAUCUAAUCAGAAAGGAGGAUUGCUGCAAUGCAUUAUGGGACGGAACGAAGCAGACCUUUGCUCCACUUUAGUGAAUAGAAAUUUCAUAUAAAAGAUCUGAGUAUUUAAUCAAUAUGAGAAUAUAUGGAUCGUUAUGCUAAUUAAUUUAUUUGAUUGACCAGCAUAGUGGGGGGGGGGGGGGGUCUGUGCUGAUACGUAAAA